AUGGAGCGUUUCGGCAAAGUGAGCCUCUCGAUCCAUAACUUAGAACCAGCAGUGGCCAUGCACCACCUCACAACGGCUCUUAAGCCAGGACCUUUUGUUAACAGCAUCUGCAAAAAACCACUUGUUGACCUAGACGAGUUGAGAAGCAGGGCUGUCAAGUAUAUGCAGAUGGAGGAAUUGUAUGAGAACCGAAACCAGAUACGAAUGGACCAGGGGUCCAAUUCAAAAAAUACAGACAUGAGAGAAACUUUCAAGUCUAGGCAAGAAAAUAAGGAGAGAAGAAAUGAACCUAAAAAGCUGCCCAAGGGACCCAAAUAUCCUUCCUACACUACACUCAACACUAAUCGGUCUAGAGUACUAGAUCAAGCAUUGGCCACAGAAAUACUGAGAAUGCCUAGACGUGCCAACACUCCUCCUUGGGCAGAUAAAAGCAAGGUCAUUAAUACCAUAGCUGGAGGGUUUGCCGGUGGCGGACCUACCCAUUCAGCCAGAAAAAGACAUUUGAGGCAAGUAAGAUCAGUCAACAAUAUCACACUCGGUAGUAGGAUUCAGAUUCUCCCUAUUACAUUUACUGAUGAAGACUUUCAAGGAGUGGAUCCUAUACAAGAUGACCCCAUGGUGAUAAGUGUAGACAUUCUCAACUGCACUGUCCGGAAAACACUCAUAGAUCAUGGGAGUUCAGCUAACAUCCUUUACUGGAAUACUUUCAAGCAAUUAGGAAUACCAGAAGAGGAACUCAAAGAAUAUUGUGAACCCCUAGUUGGUUUUUCAGGGGAACGGGUGGAGACUCGUGGGUGUAUUGACCUUUACACCUCAUUUGAAUCAGACUAUGAAGGAAAACGCAUCAAGGUCACGUACUUGGUAGUUCACACGAACACCUCGUACAACAUAUUACUCGGCAGACCGUCCCUUAACAAACUUAAAACUAUAGUAUCUACUCCAUAUUUGGCUAUGAAAUUUCCAUCAGAAAUGGGCCUAAUAGUCACAGUUCAUGUUGAUAAGAAGAUAGCAAGGGAGUGCUAUUUUGCAAGCUUACGCAUCAGACCACUCCAAGAAUAUAAGCGAGAUGUCAACAUUGUGACCCCUAGGUCUGAGGAGGACGUAGAUAUUGAACUUGAUCCUAGGACUGAUGAAGGGUGUCGGGUUGAGCCUAAUGAAAAUAAGCAACCUUUUCAGCUGAGACCGAAGCCUGAACAAGUUACUUACUUGGGAGUCGGCCUAUCUGGCCAAGAAAAAUAG